GUGCGUGUGGGCGUGUCCGGCGGGACGGCGCUGCCUGCCCCACCCUUAGCCGCCUCCGCCGCCCCCAGGCCCAGCUUCAGCGUCGGGCCCCGUGGGCCAGGCCCGCGUGCAGUCGGCGGGCUGCGCAGUGCGCAGAGCACGUCGGGGCGGGGCAUGCCGGGAGCCCCUCAGACAGCAGUCGCCCCCGCCGCCGCCGCCGCCGCAGUCGCCGCCAUCGCGUUAGCUGCUGGUGCUCUACCCUGACGCGCCGAGAUGAAAUUCCCGGCCUCCGUGUUGCCGUCCGUGUUCCUGUUCGUGGCCGAGAUCACGGCAGCGCUCUACCUGAGCAGCACCUACCGCACGGCUGGCGACCGCAUUUGGCAGGCGCUGACGCUGCUUUUCUCGCUGCUGCCCUGCGCGCUCGUGCAGCUCACGCUCCUCUUCGUGCACCGCGACCUCAGCCGCGAUCGCCCGCUCGUGCUGCUGCUGCACUUGCUGCAACUCGGCCCCCUAUUCAGGUGUUUUGAAGUCUUCUGCAUCUACUGUCAGUCCAACAACAAUGAAGAGCCUUAUGUCAGCAUCACCAGGAAGCGGCAGAUCCCCAAAGAUGGCCUCUCGGAGGAGAUUGAGAGGGAGGUGGGCCAAGCAGAAGGCAAGCUCUUCGCGCAUCGUUCUGCGUUCAGCCGGGCAUCAGUGAUCCAGGCUUUCCUGGGCUCAGCUCCCCAGCUGACUUUGCAACUGUACAUAAGUGUCUUGCAGCAGCAAGUCACUAUUGGAAGAUGCUUCUUAAUGGCCAUAUCCCUGCUGUCCAUUGUGUACGGAGCCUUGCGCUGCAACAUCCUAGCCAUCAAAAUCAAGUAUGAUGAGUACGAGGUCAAAGUGAAGCCCUUGGCCUAUGUCUGUAUCUUCCUCUGGAGAAGCUUUGAGAUUGCUACCCGAGUCACAGUCCUGGUCCUCUUUACUUCUGUCCUGAAGAGCUGGGUGUUGGUCGACAUUCUCCUGAACUUCUUCAGCUUCUUCUUCUGCCCCUGGAUCCUCUUCUGGUGCAGUGGCUCCCCAUUCCCCGAGAACAUAGAGAAGGCCCUCAGUCGGGUGGGCACCACGAUCGUGCUCUGCUUCCUGACUUUACUCUAUACUGGCAUCAACAUGUUCUGCUGGUCUGCUGUACAGCUGAAAAUCAACAACCCCGACCUCAUCAGCAAGUCCCAGAAUUGGUACCAGCUCCUGGCAUACUACAUGAUGAGAUUUAUUGAGAAUGCCACCCUCCUCCUUCUGUGGUAUUUUUUCAAGACCGACAUCUAUAUGUAUGUGUGUGCACCUCUGUUGGUUCUGCAGCUGCUUGUUGGGUACUGCACAGCCAUUCUUUUCAUGCUUGUGUUCUAUCAGUUUUUCCACCCUUGCAAAAAGCUCUUUUCCUCUAGUGUUUCUGAAAGCUUUAUGGCAUGGAUCAGGUGUGUGUGCUGGAUGUGUGUUCGGCAGAAAUCAUCUGAGUCGGUAGAAAAGUCAGAGUCAAAGUCAACCAAUAGUAGGACUGAAACACCUUUUAGCAGUAAAGUAACUACUGAGCCCAGUCCAACAUUGGAUAUUGAUGAUCCUUGCUCUGUUUAAUGUGACCAGAGGUCUCUUGGGGCAAAGGCAUAUUAUUUUCUGGGUUGAUACCUGUUAUUCAUAAAAAUUAAUGAGCCCUGCAGUGGGAGCGAGGCAGCAAGUCAGCUGGCAACUCCUUUUGAGCUGCUGCUCUUUCCAGAGCUUUUGGCUCUGUGGGAACCAUGGGGAAAGGCCAGGGAAAGUUGGGAGUGUUGAAGAGACAGCCCAGGGCACCACAGUUCACAGGUUCUGCCAUGUUUUUCCAGGCAUUCUUGACCUUUUUACUGAUGAAAUACCCUAGAAGUCUCAGUUGGAAAGGUUAGAUCCAUCAGAAUAAAUAGAGGAGCUUUUCCUUGUUUUCUAGUUUUUCUGGAUUGUUGGUCUCAGUAGCAUGAUGAUUUAUCAUCUUUUACCCAAGAGCUGUACUAAGGACCUGAGAAGGCUACUGGGAUUUUGUUGUCAGCAGCAUUAUUAACGCUGUCAGAGCUUGCAGGGAAGACUGUUCAAGUUUGGUAUUUGAAUCGAUAAAUGUUCCGUUUUCAUCUCUUAAGGGCUUUUUGUGCAUAGCCAACUGUACCCACCAUGGCAUGCAUCUCUUGAAUCAAUAUUCAAGAGCCUCGAUUUGCAGAUGUUAUUCCCUAGAUCCAUGUCUGUGAAAAUGAAUUCUUAAUUUGGUUAUGAAGCAUUCAUAUUUAAAAAAAAAUUAGGUUGGAGAUGGUAGCAAGUGGUGAAACAGACACAAUGAAGGCUUGUGUAAGUAAAAUACUUAACUUUUACAGGAUGGUAAAAGAUGUGAAUUUUCCAGAAGGUGGAGAUAAGCCUCAACGAGAUUGAGUGCCAUCCUGUAAUUCUGGGAAAUAUCUAGUAGAAUUAAAUAUAGUCUUUGCUGCUGCCUCCUCAUUCCUUGCCUGCUCGGUGAAUUCUAGGCAAAACUCACCUUGGUUAUCUUGUAUUUUUUCUGAAUAUGCCAAAGAAAUAUUUCACCUAGUGAGGCACACAGGUAUGUAGGGCAUUUAGAUUUUCAUUAUUUGAAGGAAAAUGGUUUUUCUCACUGCCACCCCUAAUCAGAGAUUGACUUCAGAAAACUAUAAAAGAGAUGAAAUGAAUGCAAAAUUUUGUCACUCAUGGAAUAUAUUCUGAUUUGGCAUGAUCGUGAGUUAAGUUGAACAAGAUCUCCACUUUCACUCUCCUGUAUGUUUUUAUCUUCUGUGUAAUUUCUCUUUCACGUUGUAACCCUUUUUUGUUUCAUGAAAGAGAAUUGGAUAGCAUAUACUCAGUUGCCUUCAAAAACUGCCUAAAUCCAGUGCCAAUAUUUCUACCAUUAAAAUGUUGACAGUGAAAUACCUAGAAAGAGAGAAUCAUAAAGAUAAUACCAAUUUAGAAUAAGGAUUGGAGUAAAAUCUGAAAAUUUUUAAA